AAUCCGACCAAAUUCAAAACCAGCCGCCACAAAGACGUCCCGCCGCCACGCUCCACUUCCAUCUCCGCUUGAGAGAGAGAGCGAGAGUGAUGCAGAGCCUGCAGGAGAAGGCCUCCGAGUGGAGCGGCGUUGACUUGACCGACGCGUUCGCCAUCGACUCCACCAAUCUCUUCCAGAGACUCGGCCUCCAGGCCUUCAUCAACCUCUCCACCAAUUUCUACACUCGGGUCUACGAUGACGAUGAGGAGUGGUUCCGAUCGAUUUUCGCAGGCUCGAAGAAAGAAGACGCUAUUCAGAACCAGUACGAGUUCUUCGUGCAGAGGAUGGGAGGCCCCCCGCUGUACUCUCAAAGGAAAGGUCAUCCCGCACUGAUUGGACGCCACAGACCAUUUCCCGUGACACAUCAGGCCGCAGAAAGGUGGCUACACCACAUGCAACAAGCACUAGACAGCACCCCGGAGAUCGACCCGGACUCAAAGACUAAAAUGAUGAACUUUUUCAGGCACACGGCAUUCUUUCUCGUGGCAGGGGACCAGCUGAAGAAUCAGAGCCAGCAGGCUCCUAAUUGUAAGCAUGCCACCAGCAAAUAGUCCUCCGCAGAACUUCCUGGCUUUUAUCGGACAUCACAGCAGAAAUCUAUGAAUCCUUCUUAGUACUUCUUCCUUGGAUUUAGGAAGAACUAACGUUACAUAAUUGUUCAAGAAGAAUACCCUCAACAGCUUGUUCAUUGCCACCAAUAACACGGGCUGUUUAUUUCUCCUCCCGAGUCUCUCUCGCUGUGUUAAAGAUGGUCUUCGAGUGAUGUAGACACCUUUUACAAAUUGAUCAAGGAAAAAUAAAAGGUCGGGGGCGGCAAGGAUUAGUUAGCGCCUCGGAUCUUCAAUCUCGGUAUAUGUAAUACUAGACCGAUACCCGUAACUAAUAACAAAACAAUCUUGGACAUGCCCUAAUGUGGCAUUCCAAGGAAUUGAGUA